ACUGGACCCUCCGGCCACCGUACCCGGAGUUACUAAUGGAAACCCAGCUACUGUAGUGAUGUCGCUGCCGCAGGCCCCUCCAUCACGGGUAUUCGUGGAACUGGUUCCCUGGGCUGAUCGUAGCCGGGAGAAGGAUCUGGUCUCCAGCGGAGAAGCUCUGCCUGGUACCUGCCGGCCCUCCUCCUCCGCACAGGCGCAAAUUGCGCCCCGCGAGGUGCACGUCAGCGGUACUGCAGCGGUGUCUGCGCGCCCCGACAGGGCGCAAGUGGUAGUGCGGGUGAGCAGCACAAAGGAGGCGGCAGCUGAGGCCAAGAAGAGCGUGAGCCGCCGCCUGGACUACGUUGCGCAGAGUCUGCGGCAGUGGGGUGUGCAGGCAGAAAAUAUAACUACAACAAAGGAUUUUAGAAGAGUGGAAAAUGCUUAUCACAUGGAAGCAGAGGUCAACAUUACAUUUACUGAAUUUGGGAAAAUGCAAGAUAUUUGUAACUUUCUUGUUGAAAAAUUAGAUAGCUCUGUUGUCAUCAGCCCACCCGAGUUCUAUCAUACUCCAGGUUCCAUUGAAAAUCUUCGAAAGCAGGCCUGCCUUGUGGCUGUUGAGAAUGCAUGGCGCAAAGCUCAAGAAGUCUGUAACCUUGUUGGCCAAACCCUCGGAAAGCCUUUAUUAAUCAAAGAAGAAGAAACAAAAGACUGGGAAGGCCAAACAGAUGAUCACCAGUCAUACAAACUCUUGGAUUCACGAACUAUACCAGAAAAAAUCAAAAGUACAACAAUACAUGCUGCUUCAAAAGUAUUUAUAACUUUUGAGGUAAAGGGGAAAGAAAAGAAAAAAAAGUAUCUCUGAAAUUCCAGCCAAAAUAUGUUGUAUUUGUGCCUUUGUAUCUACUUUUAUACUUUACAUAAUGCUUCCUUCUGUCCUGAAGGAACAGAGAAUAAUCCCUGAAAAAUCUGUCGUCUCUUAAAUAUAGUCGUAUAGAAUUCUAUGUUCACUUCAUUUCUAUAUUCAGAAUCUUACUCUUAAAAACCCUUUUAGGAAAUAAAUACAUUAUGUACACACUUUGCCUACUAGCAUUUCAUACAAGUGUGUUAUAUUUUCACUAUGAAAUAUGAACCUUUUUGUACUAAAUAAGAGGAAUUCUUAUAUACCAUCAAACCUAGUAAUUUUCUGUAAUUCAUUUAAGUGAAUGAUUUUACGUAUAUCCUGUCAGGUCUAAGAUUGUAUUUUACCCUACUUACAAACUAAUAAAUUAAUCUUUCAUGGAGGCUAGCAAAACUCAGAAACUCUGAGACAGACACAAAGCACUGUUAUUCAUAGCAUAGCAAAGAGUAUGGGUGUCAGCCAAUUGUCCUUGGUUUCCCUUGUCUCGAGUUCCAAGAUGGCAAUACAAUAUGGCCAUGCACAGUGUGGCUAUACAUACAGGGAGUUUUCAUUGUAACUAAUGACUACUGAGCUGUAAACAUUCAUUGAGUUUUCCUUUUUCCAGUACUGAGUCUUGAACCUAGGACUUUCGUACUAAGCCACAUCCCCAGCCGUUUUAUUUUUUGAGACAGGGUCUUACUAAAUCCCUCAGUUACCAGGCUGGGCUCAUACUUGUGAAUCUCUUGUCUCAACCUGUCAAAGUAAGAAUGAUUACUUUUUAUUAUAAACAGAAGCUGUUAUGGUUUGCAUCCAGAUGUCACCCCAGAGGCUCUGGCAGUCAGGAGGUGGUUGAAUCUAGAAUGUGUGGUUGAUUCCUAAGGCAAUGCUUAGAUUAAGGAUGCUUGGGUUAAGGGUGGGGGAUUGCUAGAUCAGCCCACUGAUUGAAUUGGUACAUCCUAACCCUGAUAGACUGGACAGCAUAUGAGGGACAGAAAGAGGCUCCUUUCUCUCCUUUUUGUUGCUUUUGCUGUCUUCUGUUGCCAUGAACUCUUUCCUCUCUGCCAUACCACCCUGCCUUGGAACCAGCUGAUUAUGGACUGAAAGUUCUACAAACUGAGCUAAAUACACUUUUUCCCCCUCUGA